AUGGAUUGUUCGAGGCCAGCCACACAACUGUCUCCACCAUCCAACCAGAGUGGCACAUCAUCAACCUCCUGCUCACCCGUUUGGUCACCCCCAACGCCACCGGAUCACACAAGAUGCCAAAGCGUGUGCUCUAUGCCAUGUAUUCCAUGGGGGGAUCCCGACCACCUGCUACACUUAGGGUAUUUCGUGGCGACCACCUUUGCCCGGUGCCACUCUAAGCCCACCUACAUCUUUUGUGGUCCCCUGAUCACGCGACUGGCAUGCCACUUCGAGAUCGACUUUGAGGGGUUGAACAACGCCACGAAGCACGACGGCUCCUCUCCUCUCAGCAAGGAUGUGCUUCACAAUGCACUCCUGUUGGCCUCUACUAAGGCAGGGGAGUGGGUCGACGGGUUUUCCAUGCCUCCAGUUGUGGACGAGGAUGCUGAGGAUGACGAUUAUUAUACUAAGGAGGAGGACAGCGCAGAUGACGAUGAUGAUGAUGAUGGUGGGGCUAUGGAUAUAGAUGAGCCGGAGCCCCCGCAUCUUCUUCCACGAUAG